AUGAAGACCAUCACUUUCUCCCUCGCUGCGCUCGCCAUCGUCGCCACCACAAGCGUCACUUCCGCUACUGCUACGCAUCCCAAGGAAACCAAGCCUGUUCCCUGGGCUCAGGAAGUCAACCAGGACGCCACCAAGUGGGCCCUCUACUCGGCUCGCAAGGGCACCGAUCUGAACACGGUCAAGCCCAAGUAUUCCGAGUGCACCGUCACCAACCCUUCCGAAAAGGAGUACGUCGUUGCGCACACGUUCGUGAACAACUCGGAGUUCGAGUUCCAGAACCUCGAGGACGACGUGCUCGGAGCCAACUGCAUCGACUGCUCGCCCCAGAUGCUGGGAAACUACUAUCUGACCAAGAUCAGCGGUUACCUCACUUGCAAGAUGUACGAGGACAAGCCCAUCAACUGA